AUGGAGAUAUACAAAAUCACUUCACCUAAAGAUUGGUCGUAUUUUGCAAAUGGGUCAGCCAAUAUUUUGUUCAAAUACACGGGCACGAAUGACUACCUCACUCACAAAUUGUUACGACUACGUUUAUUAAAAGAAGACGAAGAAUACAUUAGUACUUGCGAGUUGUAUGACUUUAUAGAAUUAAAGUGCAAACACUUGUUUCCGAAACAGAUUAUAGACAUCCAGUUGAUUGUUUUGACAUCUGAGUUUGUUAGAGGUCUAGAUAGUGCAGGGUUCAAGCUACAAUUGAAUGAACGAUACGGUUUGUUGAUUCCAAAUAUCUUGGAUGGAAACUAUACAAAAAUCAGUUUACUGAAACAUUGUCAAUUAUAUUUGGGUAGUGAAGAUGAUAACAAGAACAAUAGCAAUAGCAAUAGCAACAGCAACACCAGAAACACAGGAACUCAACCUCUGCUGAAUCAGAACUUGGAGCACGAUCCACAGAGCCACGCUGCGCGUGGUGUCGAGAGUAACCUAGCUUCAUCAACACACGAUGCUCAAUUGUUCAACCCCAACCUACAUUCACAUCAAUCGCUAUCACACAGCAGCAAUCGCAGUGGUAACACCCACGACCCCAACGGCCACUUGGUGAAUGGAAGUAUGGCCAGUUCUCCCUUGAACUCGAGCACCCCCAUCAAUUCAAUAAUAUUCGAAAUCAAACCCAAAUGGCUAUAUGACAAUAAAUCAUCCAACUAUUGUCGGACUUGCUCCCUUAAUCAAUUGCGUAAUGUUCCCAGACACUUUUGUCCCCUUGAUUUGUUAUACCCACAAACUAUUAAUCAGGGACUUGAUGAUAUUUUCUCCAAAAUUCCUCCCGAAAUUAUCGACUUGAUUGAAGUUAAAAACCAAUUCCCUUUAAAACAGUUGUUUUACGAAUUCCUAUCCAACCCAGAUCAAAAUGUCUUUGCCAAAUUGAAACAAUAUCAAAAGAUCAACAACAAGAAUGACUUGAUUGAAAAUUUGACUUCUUCACAUGAUGUGUCUCAAAACUUGUCUUUGGUAAUGACUUUACGUGACGUGGGACUAUUUAUUAAGUUUGAAAAGUAUGAUAGAAACAACAACAUUCACAAUUCGCACAACAACAUCAAUAACUUAAUAACAUUACCACCUGCACCACCGCUAUCGCAAAUCAAUGGUUCUGCAUCCCUCAACUCAACACCAGUAUCGAAGCCUUUGCAUUCCUGUUCCGCCCAAAAUCCACACCAAGCUCCAGACGAACAGGGUAACAGAUAUCUCAUCACAUGCAACAUAUACGAUUUGGAUCUAAAGAGCAGGAUGAAAUACAAGCAUUGGCUACAAGUGGAGCACGAAUUGCAAGGGAUCUAUAACCUGAAUAAUCCAAAUUGGAGGCAUUGUUGUAAAAAACCCGCGUCAUUAGACCACCCUCAAGAACCACAUACUUUUAACAUUCAAAAGGAUAAUGCAUACGAUGAAGACGAAGAAAUCAGAGACAUUAUAGACAAAACUUCGAAAUUGCAGAUAAAGAGUAAGCUGCUGCUACAUUCUCCCUUCACCAAAUACGUCAGCCCAUUAGUUCUUACUGCACUUUCAGCAUUAGUUCGAAUAUACCACAUAGAUGCAGCCAAAUACGUGGUGUGGGACGAAGCUCAUUUUGGUAAGUUUGGUUCCCAUUACUUGAAGAGAGAGAUAUAUUUUGACGUGCAUCCUCCAUUGGGUAAACUUCUAGUGGCUCUUUCUGGCUAUCUAGCAGGGUACGAUGGUUCUUUUGAGUUUGAAAGCGGAAAGGAAUACCCUGACGGCAUGGAUUUUGUGUUUAUGCGGGUUUUCAAUUGCUUGUUUGGUAUCCUCGUUACACCCUUGACGUACAGAACGGCGGUACUAGCAGGAUUUGAUCAAUGGACGUGUUGGUUUAUUUCUUUAAUGGUUAUUUUUGAACAAAUUUCGCUCACUUUGUCCAAAUUCAUUUUGCUUGAUUCAAUGUUGCUUUUCUUCACUGUGUUUACGUUUUUUUGUUUGAUGAAUCUUCACAAGGUGCGCCUGGUUGGGGAAGAGUUGUCCAAGGAGGGAAUUAAGUGGUUGGUGUUGACGGGUAUAUCGAUUGGUUGUGUGUGCUCGGUAAAAUGGGUGGGACUUUUCGUCACUGCUUUGGUAGGACUUUAUACUGGGUACGAUUUGAUGAUCAAGUUUUUCCAAUUGACAUCGACUAAUACAAUGAAUGUGAAAACAUAUGUCAAGCAUUGGGUCCUAAAAUCGGCCACUUUGAUUAUCAUUCCAAUUCUACUAUAUAUGGUUGCUUUCAAGGUCCACUUUAUGGUACUAAACCACACUGGACCAGGUGACGGAUCUAUUUCAACGUUACUACAAGCAUCUUUAAAGGGAAACAAUUUGCAAUUUGGGCCCCGGACUGUUGCUGGUGGCUCCAUUGUAACAAUUAGAUCACAAGGUUUAUCUCCCAACUUGCUACAUUCACACCAUCAUGUCUAUCCCGAAGGAUCUGGACAACAGCAAGCAACCACUUAUGGUUUCAAAGAUGUGAAUAAUGAAUUUGAAAUUGAGCUUGUGAAUGACUCAGGACUAGGGGGUCUUGUAACUCAAGACAGUCCCAUUAGAAUAAAGCAUUCCAAAACAGGCAAUUACUUGGAAGCAAGUCCUAUUGCGGCUCCAAUUACAAAGCAAAACUAUGAAAUUUCAUUAUCACCUUUGUCGAAUGUGUCAAUUUCAGCACACGAUUGGAUACUUGACAUACAAGCACAAGAGCCUUCGCCAUCGGACUAUUUCAAGAAUGAAAAUAAAUUGGAAUUGCACCCUAUAUCCACAGCUUUUAGGUUGAAACAUAAAGACCUAGGGUGCUAUCUAGCCACCACGGGUAAUUCGUUGCCGUCAUGGGGAUAUCAACAAGGGGAGGUUGUUUGUAAAUAUCCCUAUUUUGUCAAAGACAAAACCACUUGGUGGAAUGUGGAAGAACAUCGCAAUGAGCACUUGGAACCCCCUGCUGUUGAAUACGUGCCACCGAAGCCCAAAUUUUGGAGGGAGUUUGUUCUUGUGAAUUACGGAAUGUUGGCAUCAAAUAAUGCACUCGUACCUGAUCCAGACAAAUUUGAUAAAUUGAGUUCAGAAUGGUGGGAAUGGCCAAUUUUGAACACCGGUUUGAGAAUGUGCGGGUGGGGAGAUGAGGACACGAAGUAUUUUUUGAUUGGGAACCCAGUUGUUACUUGGUUGUCAAACAUUGGUCUUUUAUUUUGCAUGGUUUACAUGUUGUUUUCGUUGCUUAGGUAUCAAAGACAAAGCCAACCAAGUGCAAAUCUGUCGAGUUGCGAGGUUGCACAAUGUGUUCUUCCAUUCAGUGGUUGGAUUUUGCACUAUGUGCCAUUCAUAGUCAUGGGAAGGGUCAAAUAUUUGCAUCAUUAUGUUCCUGCAUUGUACUUUGCAAUAUUCCUGACUGGGUUCUUGAUGCACAAACUUGUCUGGCAGAAUAGAUACCUUCCACAAGUUGUGAAAAUUGCCAUUUAUUUGGUAGUUAAUUUAUCGAUUGUUUUUACUUUUUGGUACUUGAGGGAUCUUGCAUUUGGAAUGAAGGGAUCUUCGAAACAGUAUCAGAAUUUGAGAUUAUUGAGUAGCUGGAUGAUUUAA